CCCACUAACCAGUUUACUAACAGAACAGGCUAGCUUUUAGAGUAGGGCUCCUUGGAUCAUAUGUUUAUGUUGACAGACUGUUCGCGCGCUUGUUAAACCGCUACCUUUAGCUGCGUGAAGCUGACACCCCACCAACUUGAAAAAUUCCGGCAAAAGUGCUUCAUUUGUGCAGGCGAUAGCAUGACUUCACCUAAAUAGGAGACAAUAAAUUUCACCUGCUGCAGGCUGUAAUUACUGUUUUGGUUCAGCGUCACCAAUUCAGUCAGUGUGAAGUUGUCGGAUGUUGUAAACGCAGAAAAGGACAUACGAGUAAGUUAGACACCUGAGAAGAUGUCUACACAAGCUGGAGAUGAUGGGGAAGACUCUGUAUCUCCAAGGGUGAAUAAUGAGAGACCCGCUGCAAGAGAGUCAACAGGUUAUGGGCCCAGACAAGUUCCAAGUAGAACGAUACAUGGAAGGGGACUGCCGCCGCGGUUUGACGGAGACGAAGCACGCUAUCACAUCUGGGAAGCAAGGUUUUUAGCGUACUUGAAAACCAUUGGCCUCAAAGAUGUCAUCCUGGGACGUGAGUUAGCAGCGGAGGCUUAUGCACCAGAGGCUGAGGAAAUUGGUAGGAAAAAUGAUAUGGCUUACGCAGAAUUGUGUGGUUGUUUGGACGCUAAUCCUCUAUGAAGCACCUGAUGACGGCAAGAAAAGCCUAGAAAUAUUGAGGCGCCAUUUUGAGUCAGAAGAAAAGCCGCGUAUUGUCGGACUGUACACAGAGCUAACAAAUGUGCAAAUGGCUGAUAGGGAGGCAUUAGCAGACAAUCUAGCCCGUGUUGAAAAGAUAGUGGCCGCAUUAAACAGAGCUAAAGAGACCCUCAGUGAUGCACCACUGACAGCGAUGGUACUAAAAGGACUCGUGGAAGAAUACAACCCAUUUUCUGUACACGUCAGUCAGACGAAGGAAACGUUGACCUUCAGUGAGUUCAAGGCAAGGCUGAGAAGUUUUGAAUGCACCUUGCGCUACUGCAAUAAGCCCCGAACAGAUGAAAUAAUGACAGCUAAUUACAGAGCAUCCAGGCUUAAGUUUAAAGAAAAGGAGAAGAAGUAUUUCAAUGGAGAAUGUUUUAUUUGUGAGAAAAUGGGACAUAAAGCAAAAGACUGCAGAAACAAAGACAAGAAAACUCAGCGGAGAGUGACCAGCACACAAAAUGGAAGCAGGGGGGCCACCAUUACAGACACUGGACAAAGAAGUUUUCGUGUUAAAGAGAGGCAUAGACCCAUAAAUGAGGAAGAAGUGUUUGUGCUCCGGGUGAGUGAAUGGGAACCCCACGGCACACAGCAGCAAGGUCUACUGGUGGACAGCGGUGCCUCUGCCCACAUCAUGACCAACGAGGAUGCCUUCAUCAGAUUUGACGAGACAUUCCUGCCCAAGAACCAUGUGAUGCAACUGGCAGAUGGGACACGGAUUACUGGCAGCGUCCUGAGAAAAGGAGACGCACAAAUAGAGCUGAUCAACUGCAACGGGAAAGUGGUGAGUGUCAAGCUCACGGAUGCUCUCCUGAUUCCAGAAUACCCACAGAACAUCCUGUCUGUGGAUGCAGCAGUUUCGAAAGGUGCAAGGUUCAACUUCGAGAAGAAUAACAACAAAAUGGUUCUUCCUGAGGGCACAACAUGUAAGAUGAAGAUGGAUCUGCAUGGAGCCAUUCAGUGCAGGAAGUGAGAUAAGAAGUUCUCUUCCUUUUUUUGGGUGGAAGAAUUGGUCCCCUCCAGUUUUCAACCACGUCUUCAUCUGUUGGAGGAAUGUUUGUGGUUUCAUCGGAUUCCACAGAAUGAACAAAUCCGCAUAUUUCCUUCAAUAAAGGAAAGAUGAUGAGAAAUAAAGCGAUCAGCUCGAAUGGGUAAGUUCUCGUGUUUAAAAAGGCCAUGCUUUACAUUUUUGAAUUCUGCUUCAACAGUGGCUGAGCUUGCUGUGAGGUUGGUGCUUUUGAAAAGGGGGACCAUUACUCCUGUCCAAAGUGGCAGUCCCACUGACAGAUCAUCUUUAUGCAAUGUGCCACAUCAACCCUGAUAAAACAAGGAGGAAGUUUUGUAGACUGGUUUCCAAGUAGCACACGGAAGCAUUCGUUAAUGUAUGUCUUCAGAUCGGGAUAAGGAGUGAAGGCCUUCACCAGAGCACCAAGAAUAGCCAGAGAAAAGUCACUCACGGCUUCCUUUGGUAUAGCAGCACCUGUACAAAGCCAUUCUGUCAGCCAUGUUGCAGUUGCAUUAAUGUCGUGUCUCUCUGACAGCAUUUGCACAACUGGGACUGAGCAGUUGUCCCCUGUCAGAACACCUUGAUAUAAGAAGAUGUGUCUAGAUGUACCAUUUGGUCUCACCAGUCUUCUCACAACUGAGCCAGUUGCGUCAAAGCAAACUACUGAGGGGCAUUUUUUGGACAAUGCCUUAUACACAUGUAGCUGUGUUUGACUCCAAUAGUGGCAGAAGAACUUGUCUAGAUCAAUGUCUCUUAUACUACCACUGUGAGCUUUUCAUAGGGUGGCCAAAUUUGGAAGGUGACUUGGCUCAGCAUCUCCAAUAUCCAUCAAAUCUGAUGCCUUCGCUGACCUCCAUACAGUCGGCUCCAUCCUGCCCUCACACAGCUCUUUUGAAGUCUGUGCACGAAGGUUUCCAGACAUGAACCUCUUGGAUUGCCCAGUGUGCAGGGAGAUAUCAGUGUCUUCGAUGGAACACUGAAGCAGCAUUGGGCUGUUUACCGUUGGCUCUCUAGCACAAGUCAUUUUAAUAUGGCCUUGACACUCUUUACUGAAGCCUUUGAUAUCUAUGUAGUUACUUGUGACAGUUGGAUAAACUUUUGCUCUCUAGACCACAAAUGUACAUGUGCUUUUGAUCUUUUUCCAAAUCAGAUGGUUAAUUACAUGACUCCAAGUGCCAGGCUUCAAAAUCAUGUAUUCCCUUUUGCCAGAUGAUGAAAACUUGUCAUUAUAUUCCACUUUCUCAGGUACAAAUUUGAUCCAUUCCUCAAAAGGAACUUCAAGCUGAAAACCUGAGCAGUUGUCUUGUCCAGGAGAAAUGGAGCCAGAGUCAAACUCUGUGCCCACAC